GUGCGCGUGCGCACCGCCUUCCCAGCGGGAAGAGGAAGGGGAAGCGGCACCAUCAAGAUGGCGGCGCUGGGGCGGCUGUUUCUAACCACUCCCCAAACAAGCUUGGUUGCUGUCAGAUGGGCUUCUAAGAAAAGUGGGGGCAGCUCAAAAAACCUAGGUGGCCGCAGCCCCGGGAAACGCUAUGGGUUCAAAAAAGUCGAAGGUGCAUUUGUCCAUGCAGGAAACAUUUUGGCUACGCAGCGGUUGAUCCGCUGGCAUCCCGGUGCUCACGUGGGGAUGGGCCGUAACAAGACACUCUAUGCCCUGGAGGACGGGAUUGUGAGAUACACCAAAGAGGUCUAUGUGCCCCCACCCCGCAGCAGUGAGAGCAGAGAUGUGAUCUGCCAGCUACCCAAAGGAGCAAUCCUGUAUAAAACCUUUAUCAGUGUCGUCCCUACCACAGAGGUAGGAAGCUUCAAACUGGUCACCAUGCUGUGAACCUGCUGUGUCACAUGGGCACGGAUGGGAAGGACAGACUACUACAGCUGUACUGGCCUCUGAGGACAAGAGUGGCUCUGAAGAUACCAGGACUUGUUUAGGACUUGUUUAGGACUUGUUUUUGUUCCUGAAGUGCUUGUGAUCUGUGUUCAGACAGAGUGAGAUCACCUGCUGGCAUUUUUAAGAGUGUUUAAUAAAUGCUGUGGGGCAGCUGAA